CAAACUUUAACACGUAUUGGUUGUGACAUUGCAAAAUGUUGUGAGAUAAGAUAGCAAAAGCCUUAACAACUAUUUAGAACCUCUAUAGUUGGAAUAGAAAUGGACACACAUAUGAGAAGAACACUCACUGUGUUGACAAUUGUUUUAUUAGAAGUACAAGCAGUAUCAACAUUUCGUAUAUGCAAGACAUGUAAACACAUACAGGAUCCACGUGACUGUCGUUUGUUCGCCGAGUGUGAAAACAAGUUAUGUAGCGUCGAGCUUAUCUAUAGCAGCGGUGUAUACAUGUAUAACUUCGACUGCAAAUCACAUCACGACUGUCCAGCCUCGGGCACGAUUCUUGUGGGCAAAAGGGCAACUCCCGGUUUACACGUUUGUAGCGGAUGUUGUGAAGGAAGCGGUUGUGAAAAUUCGCUUUGUUCUGCGUAUGCCACUACUUUACCUCCAAGAACAACCCCAGUACCAACGACAGAUGAUCUCAGCACUACUACCCCCACUACCACCGCUACUACACUACCAACGACAACUGAUUUCAACAUGUACUCCGGCUACACUGGCCAUAUAACAGGACUCAGUACCAUUCCUUCGACCACAGGUGGUUCAUGCGUAGAUGCCGAACAGUUUAACUGCGCUGAGCUUGAUAGGUACAACUUCUCCUUUUCGUAUGCCAUCGCGCACGAGAAAUGCCCCAGACACUGUGGAUUCUGCACUUUCGGGCAUGUCUCCUCUCCGACAACUACGGAGCGCCCAUCCACAGUGGCGCAACCGCAAGCAAACACGGUCACUGGAACUUCCUUCACAUCAGCCUACCAUAUUUCAGCCACCUCCGGUUGUAUGGACACGGAGGAUGUGGACUUCUCGUGCAGUCACUGGGCGUCCCUGGGUUUCUGUAGCAACCAAAGCUCUUUCUUUGGUCACCACGUGGCGAUUAUGAGAUGCCCCAAAGCGUGUGGUUUUUGUACAUAUUGAAAAGCAUGCAACCUACUCAUAUUUAUAUGAUUAUAAAACUUGUUGACUGUUGUAAAA